AAAAUGGCGCCUCCCAGUCCCCGAGAACCCAAGGCCCCGCCGGCUGCGAUCGCGACCAAGCCUGAGACGGAGAUGAUGCUGCCGGGCUUCCCGGACGCCGACAGCUUCGUGAAAUUUGCUCUCGGAUCAGUGGUAGCUGUGACCAAGGCAUCUGGGGGCCUGCCUCAGUUUGGUGACGAGUAUGACUUUUACCGAAGUUUUCCCGGCUUCCAGGCAUUCUGUGAGACACAGGGAGACAGGCUGCUGCAGUGCAUGAGCAGAGUCAUGCAGUACCACGGGUGUCGGAGCAGCCUCAAGGACCGAAGCAAAGUGACGGAGCUGGAAGACAAGUUUGACUUAGUGGUGGACACCAACGAUGUCAUUCUGGAACGAGUGGGCAUCCUCCUGGAUGAAGCUUCAGGCGUGAAUAAGAACCAGCAGCCUGUCCUCCCCACGGGACUGCAGGUCCCCAAAACCAUCGUGUCUAGCUGGAACCGUAAGGCAGGAGAAUACAGCAGCAAGAAAAGCAAGUCAGAAACAUUCCGGCUGCUUCAUGCCAAGAACAUCGUCCGGCCCCAGCUUAAGUUCCGCGAGAAGAUUGACAAUUCCAACACCCCGUUUGUCCCCAAGAUCUUCAUCAAGCCCAAUGCCCAGAAACCACUCCCUCUGGGGCUGUCUAAGGAGCGGCGAGAGCACCCCAAGGACCGGCCCGAGGACCUGGAUGUGCCUCCUGCCCUGGCCGACUUCCUCCACCAGCAGAGGACUCAGCAGGUGGAGCAGGACAUGUUUGCACAUCCGUAUCAGUAUGAGCUCGACCACUUCACUCCCCCGGACUCGGCACUUCAGAAGCCGCAACCCCAGGACUAUAAGCCCGUGGAGGAUACACCUUGUCACUUUGUGACCUCGCUGGAGAAACUCGUGGAGCUCAAUGAGAAACUCCUGGCCUGUCAGGAGUUCGCUGUGGACUUGGAGCAUCACUCGUAUCGGAGCUUCCUGGGCAUGACCUGCCUGAUGCAGAUCUCCACUCGCACCGAGGACUUUGUCGUUGACACUCUGGAGCUUCGCAGUGACAUGUACAUCCUGAACGAGAGCUUCACCGACCCUGCCAUCGUCAAGGUCUUCCACGGAGCUGACUCUGACAUCGAGUGGCUCCAGAAGGACUUCGGCUUGUACGUAGUGAACAUGUUCGACACCCACCAGGCGGCGCGUCUGCUCAACCUGGGCCGCCACUCCCUGGACCACCUGCUGCGGCUUUACUGCAAUGUGGAGUCCAACAAGCAGUUCCAGCUGGCAGACUGGAGAAUACGGCCUCUGCCCGAGGAGAUGCUCAGGUAUGCCCGCGAGGACACCCACUACCUGCUCUACAUCUACGACCGCAUGAGGAUGGAGCUCUGGGCCCGCGGCAAUGAGCAGCCAGUGCAGCAGCAGUUGGUGUGGCAGCGGAGCCGGGACAUCUGUCUCAAGAAAUUCACCAAGCCCAUCUUCACGGACGAGUCCUACCUUGAUCUGUACAAGAAGCAGAAGAAGCAUCUCAAUACACAGCAGCUCACGGCCUUCCAGCUGCUAUUUGCCUGGAGGGACAAGACUGCGCGGAGGGAGGACGAGAGUUAUGGAUAUGUUCUGCCGAACCACAUGAUGCUGAAGAUCUCUGAGGAGCUGCCCAAGGAACCCCAGGGCAUCGUUGCCUGCUGCAGCCCUAUCCCACCGCUCGUUCGGCAGCAGCUCAACGAACUGCACGUGCUCAUCCAGCAAGCCCGGGAAAUGCCCCUGCUCAAGUCAGAAGUCCCCACCGGAGGGAGGAAGAGCGGCCCGCAGCCCAAUCCCGAGAGACUGGAGAACGUUCUCUUUGGGCCUCACGACUGCUCUCAUGCCCCAUCUGAUGGCUCUCUGGUCAUGCCUGCCAAUGGGCCUGUGCCAGUGAGGAAACAGGCCAGUCUCUUCCAGGACCAGCAGGACCAGGAGCCCCCAGAGGCCCCCAGCUACCUCCUCACCACCGCCACCCUCUCCUUAUUUAACGAGCCCAGUGCUGAGGAAGAUGCCAACGUCCCCUUAACUACAGCCCAGAAGAAAGCCCGGAGCAUCCUGGAGUCCUUUGAGAACCCCUUUCGAAUGUUUCUGCCCGUGCUGGAGCACCACGCUCACAUCUCGCAGGCAGCCAAGUUCGACCCGUCCUCCAAGAUCUACGAAAUCAGCAACCGGUGGAAGCUGGCUAGUCAGGCCCAGGCUCAGAAGGAUGCCAGAGAUGCCACCAAGAAGAAAGCAGCCGAGCCCACAGCUGCCCAGGACAAGGCCCUGGACGUCCUGCCCAAGACGGAGGAGGAGCCAGAAGCCGCUGCACAAGCCCUGUCCGUGCGCCAGCAGAUUGCUCUGGAAAAUGCCAAGAAGAGAGAGCGAACCACCAGUGACCCCAGAGCCACCGAACAGAAACAAGAGAAGAAGCGGCCGAAAACCUCCAAGAAGCCCAAGGACCCUGAGGAGGCGCCUGAGAAAGACUUUACCCCUUUCGACUACAGCAAGUCCGACUUCAAAGCCUUUGCCGGAAACAACAGAUCCUCGCCCGCCUCCCAGUUCGACCCCAAUAAGCAGACCCUGACUGGCAAGAAAUGCCUCUCAGCCAAGAAACUCAAACAGACCACAGGGAACAAGAGCAUGUCCUUCCCGACGGGCAAGUCGGACAGAGGGUUCAGGCACAACUGGCCGAAGAGAUAGUGCAAAACACCGGGUCCCCGGUCUGGACGCAGCUACUGGGCGGGUUUGUACAGACUGUUUUGACCAUUAAAAAUACGAUUCUUAACAAACAAA